CUUACAUGAUGAUGUAAAUAUAUUCAAGAUUAUAUUUGGCUAAGAACUAUGUACUAUAAAUAAUUAAGUUAACAGGUUGUUCUAUAUUAACAUGUAGUUUGUCAUUUCACCUUGGUGGCACGUGCGAUUGGUGACGUAGUUGUAUAUAAAUCCUGGCUAACGUUUGAGCGUCAGUCACUUUGAAUUUGUAGUCAACGUUGCACUGACGGCAAUUCUUUGAAUCAACUAAAAGAAAAAUGCGAGAGUGUAUUUCCAUUCAUGUGGGCCAAGCUGGUGUCCAAAUUGGUAAUGCCUGCUGGGAGCUGUACUGUCUUGAACAUGGUAUCCAGCCUGAUGGUCAGAUGCCAAGUGACAAGACCAUUGGUGGUGGUGAUGACUCCUUCAACACUUUCUUCAGUGAAACAGGAGCAGGCAAACAUGUUCCAAGAGCUGUAUUUGUUGAUUUAGAACCAACAGUUGUUGAUGAGGUGCGUACAGGAACCUAUCGUCAACUUUUCCACCCAGAACAACUUAUUACUGGAAAGGAAGAUGCAGCUAAUAAUUAUGCUAGAGGCCAUUACACCAUUGGGAAAGAAAUUGUAGACUUAGUACUUGACAGGAUUAGAAAACUGGCUGACCAGUGUACCGGUCUACAAGGGUUUCUGAUUUUCCACAGUUUUGGUGGUGGAACUGGAUCAGGAUUUGCUUCCUUAUUGAUGGAGAGAUUGUCUGUUGAUUAUGGAAAAAAGUCAAAACUGGAAUUUGCAAUUUAUCCAGCUCCACAGGUUUCCACUGCUGUCGUUGAACCAUACAACUCUAUUCUGACCACUCACACCACACUUGAACACUCAGAUUGUGCUUUUAUGGUUGAUAAUGAAGCCAUCUAUGACAUCUGUCGUCGUAACCUCGAUAUUGAGAGGCCAACAUACACCAACUUGAAUCGUCUGAUUGGUCAGAUUGUCAGCUCCAUUACUGCUUCACUCCGUUUUGAUGGUGCUUUAAAUGUGGAUCUUACCGAGUUUCAGACCAACUUGGUGCCAUAUCCACGUAUUCAUUUCCCACUUGUAACUUAUGCACCUGUUAUUUCUGCAGAAAAAGCAUACCAUGAACAACUUUCAGUUGCAGAAAUCACCAAUGCCUGUUUUGAACCUGCCAACCAAAUGGUGAAAUGUGAUCCACGUCAUGGAAAAUACAUGGCUUGCUGUAUGUUAUACAGAGGAGAUGUUGUACCCAAAGAUGUCAAUGCUGCAAUUGCAACCAUCAAAACUAAGAGAACCAUCCAAUUUGUUGAUUGGUGUCCAACUGGAUUCAAGGUCGGAAUCAACUACCAACCACCCACUGUUGUUCCUGGUGGAGAUUUAGCUAAAGUACAAAGAGCUGUCUGCAUGUUGAGUAAUACUACUGCUAUUGCAGAAGCCUGGGCUCGUCUUGACCACAAGUUUGAUUUGAUGUAUGCUAAACGUGCCUUUGUUCACUGGUAUGUAGGAGAGGGUAUGGAAGAAGGAGAAUUUUCAGAAGCUCGUGAGGAUUUGGCAGCUCUGGAGAAGGAUUAUGAAGAAGUUGGUGUAGAUUCUGUUGAGGGUGAAGAAGAAGAAGGAGAACAAGAAUAUUAAAAUUCUUCAAGAUGUAAACUUUGAAAAAAUUAUAGCAUUAUUCGUCUAUUAAAGUUGGAUUGUUUAA